UGGGAGUUGUAGUUUUGCAACAGCUGGAGGCACACUGGUUGGGAAACACUGCUAUAGGCUGAUAGCUGUAGCCUGUGCAGAAAUGAUGGGAGUUGUAGUUUGGAAACAGCAGGGGGGCCUGAGGUACUGCAUGCCACCCUUUACAGCUAAAACUUUAAAUUGAGUAGAUUAGUGUUUGAAUAGUGUGUAAAUCUCAUAUAUGUUUUUUUUUUAAUAUUGCAAAUGUAAAAUAUAUGUCAGUUUAUUCUUUUUUCUUUUUUUAUCCCAGUCAAUAAAAUAAAAAACCGCUGGUACUCUUGCCGGGACCAGUUCAAGCGGGAAUUGAACCUGCGGCAUAAAAGUGGAGAUGGGUCCUUGGCCAAAAAGCCUUAUCUAUAUACUGAACAUUUACAAUUUCUAAGGCCUGUAAUGGAAACCAGACCGACCGUUGAUAACCUCUGCAGUGCUCUGGAGGCUGACCAAGCACCAUCUGGCCCAGCUUCCCCAGAAAAUCCAUCGGCCCCUCCAUCCACGGAUGAAACUCCGCCAUUAGAACCAGUCAGGGAGGAUGUCCCGGAAAAUCGCACAGUGCCACAGCAGAUAAGCACCCAGCCUCGUUCCUCGGGUAGACGUAGGGGUCCCCCUCCCCACGAUUCUGGUUUAGAUACUAGAGCCAUUGUUGAAGCAAGGGUUAUGGACUAUUUAAACCAGAAUCGUGGUGAGAGUGCGGACGAAACUAUGAUAAAAAGUUUAGUGCCCUUACUAAAAAAAAUACCCGAGGAACGAAAAGCUCGGUGUCUAUCUGCUGUGGCACUGUUGAUGGACCUAUUUGCAGGUCCACAAGAACCAAUGCAAACUGUUCACAAUUUAGAGCGGGACCGCGAUGCAAUGCUGAAUUGGAGGCCAUAUGCUCCAACGUUUUCUCAGCAUCCACCCCCAUCUCGAUUCCAUCACGGAGACAGUUCAUCCCUGGGGAGUUAUCAAUUCGAGGCUGGACACCCCAGUUCUUCACAGGCAACUCAUCUCCCAAGUUCCAACCCUGGCCCUUUUACAAGGGAUCUUUUUGAACUUUAAUUUAUUUUUUCCAAAAAAAAUUGUUUUCUAAAAUAAAUGGCAUUUAUCAUUUCAAAAA